AUGUUCCUCAAUAGAGACACAGAUCCAAGUAAAGAUGACAUGGCAGCCGAGCCUUGGACAUGUUCGCUGCCAGAAUUAUAUGCAUUUGUUGAGAAUUUUCAUAAGGAGAACAAGAAAUCGAAUCUCCUAAAAACUCACUGUAUUUCACCUAGUGAAGCACAGAAAAUCCUUCAAAACCUGAAUGGAGGAGGAGAGGUUUCCCAACCUGUUUUCACGUGCAAGGUGGUGAGAAAAGAAAAGAGGCCAGAAUCUAUGACUGAACUCCUACACCGCAGCUUGCUGACCAGAUCUCUCUCCCCAGUGGAGAGACUCUCCAAAUCCCAGAAGAGAAUCUCUCUGUAUGGGAUCCCUCCACCCGUGCACACUUUUCCUUAUGAGAUUCUCAUGGGUCACUCCAAAUCGAUGUCACUGGUCGCCAUACAGAAGAGGAUUCAGAGCACCGAAACACUGUACAGACUGGGCAUUCCGACUAUCUCGCCAGAAAAGUUUAUCUUUGAAGAUAAAGUUCCUAAAUACGUAUUAGUCGAUCCAGAAAAACAAUUCAUGGAUCUAAGGGAUCUGGAAUGGAGAUUUUACAAGGGGAUUGUGAAGUGGAAGCGCCGCACUUCAGAUGCAUUUAUAAACAUAAAGUACAACGGUGAGAAGAGAUUUGUAGGGAGCCAGCAGAUGCCUCAUCCUAUUUCCCCACCUCUAGUACAUAAGUCUUCGGUCAUUUAUCCUCAGGUUGAUUACCCAAAAAAGUUAACUUCUUCUUAAUUGGAUAUGUAGUUCAUUAAAACAUCUUGGAUAUAGAUCUUGCUUUUGAGAGCACUGAAUUUAUACAAGAAAAGCAAAGAAGCA